AUGUUUAAGGCCUAUCGAAUCAGAAACUUGUGUGGUUGGUUACCUCUUUUGGGGUUCAUGGUUAUAUUAGUCACCAGUUUAGUGAGACAGAACCAUUAUCGGUGCUUUUACUAUAACCAUUAUGUCUGGUCUUGGAUCAUUGUUAUUGCACUACAAUUCCAUGCCCGUCCUGUGAAAAUCACGGGCUAUACCAUCACUAAUGUGUGCAUACUUUUAUUUCAAAUUGGUUACAGGGUUCAAUUAUCCAUUAAAUCCCAAUACCCGUCACAAGUUAAAGUAGUGGAAGUAUCACCGCACUUGGCAUUAGUGGAGUUUCCCAAUUCCCUUUUGUCUGAAGUUCCUAAAGUCCCUGGUGCUCAUGUUAGAGUCACCAAAUACCAUCGGAAUCCAAUAAGACGGUAUUUGAAGGCACUAUUACCUUAUUAUCACCCGUAUACGUUGGCAUCACUUCCACUGGACCGAUAUCAAAGAAUGAUCAUCAGAAAAAGUACGUUUAAAUUCACAAAUAACACUCAAUAUAUUAUCUGUGGGUCUUAUGAUCCUCAUUUAUCGUUUAUUCAACAACAAGAGUCAGUCCAACUGCCUUCAGCUGCUACUGAUUUUACUAUUUCUAAAUUGCAUGUUACUGCCAAAAGAAUCUUGGUGGUUAUUGGAGGUUCGGCUAUUCUGUUUACUCUUCCAUUGGUCCGAGUCAUGAAUUAUCAUGGAAUUCCAGUUAAAGUCGUUUGGGUCAUCAAAGACUUUCGAGACAUUAUUAUACUCAAAUAUUUCGAUGGUUAUAUCCAUGGGGAUGAUUUUGAGAUCUUUGUCACUGGAGACUCAUACAUUAGAGAACCACUAUCUCCACUGCCAUACGGUGAAAGCUCAAGCACAGUUCCUCAUAGCUAUGGUGCAAUUGGUGAUAAUGAUGACAACGAUUUCGAAGGCAAAUUGUUGGAAUCGGACGAUUUAAACCAUGAAAAUCAGCAAGAAACAGUUGAAAUAGAUUUGAAUAAUGAUGGUGAUUCUACAGAAGAUGAAGACAAUGGAGAAUGCUUAAGACAUGACUCGUUUGUAUCGGGAAUUCAUCCAAUUGGUGAUGAUAUUGACGAUGAAUAUGAUGAUAAUCCAAGUACUACUGAAGAAGAUGAAAUUGAUUUCAAUGAAAUUGACUUCUCCGACACAUUAACACCAAUAUCUAAAGUACCAGAUACCUCAUUACUGAGGCAAGUGUCACGAAAAUCCAGCAUGAGUGAACCUUUCACUCCCCAAAUCUUUCCUUAUUCAUCUGAAACUACUAGGAAAGAAAUUAAAGAUUUCCAAAGAACGAUCAAGAAGUUGAAACUACUAAAUAAGAUCUACAAAGGACGGCCCAUCCUUAAUUAUAAGUAUUUUAACUGGUGUGUUAACCAAGGGUUCACUCAGUGUACCGGUCCCGUUCUGGAUGAUCACAAUAACUUGGUAUGCUGCAAGUUAGUUGCCAAACAAGCUGGUAUAGAUAAUGAAAUUGCAGACCUAGAUAAGGUUUGGGUCAUCUCAGCAGGACCAGAGGGCUUGGUAUCCAAUGUUAGAGUAUGGGCAAGAGAAAAUGGGUUCAAUUUCCAUGAAGAGUCUUUCUCCAUGUGA